AUGCCCGGACCGCCGGUUCCCUCGGCGACCAACACAAGCACCAGCCUCGCCAUCACCAACCCGCUCGUCCUCUACCGCACCCUCGUCGCUACCAACCGCAUAAAAGCCGAUCCCGCCCAGCACCGGCUCGCGCUCCAACUCCAAAAGCUCUAUUUCCGCCUCAAGGACUACCGUCCAGAGAUCGAUUACCGCCGCCGCCUACAGCGCGUGACCCGCGGCCUCACCUCCUCUCCCUCCUCCUCCUUCGCCUCCGCCAACAGUCAUCCCACUUCCAGCCAUGGCGCCAAGUCGGGGUCGCCCUCCUCCUCCUCCUCCUCUCCGCCCAAAAAGUCUCUCCUCUCGUCCCUGUUCGAGUUCGGCCCCAGAGCGACGGCCGACAUGAAAGCCCUGACGCGCAGCACCCCCUUGCACGACACGGCGCUCGCCAUCGACUCCCCGCAGGGCCUUCUGCUCUACGGCGGCGUGGGCCGCGGCAAAUCCAUGCUGCUGGACCUGCUGUUCGCGAGCCUGCCCACGGCGGGCAAGCGGCGCUGGCACUUCAACACCUUCAUGCUGGACGUGUUUCGGCGGCUGGAGGUGGAGCGGUUGGCAAGGAUGCGGAGUGCUGGUGGUGAUGGGAGAGGGGUGGAGCACGAGCAUGUGGUGCUGAGUCUGGCGCGCGAGACGGUCGAGACGAGUCCCGUGCUGUUCCUGGAUGAGUUCCAGAUGCCGGAUCGCGCGAGCAGUCGGCUGGUCAAUGGGUUUCUGACCGGGUUCUUUGGCUUGGGGGGAGUGUUGGUCGCGAGCUCGAAUCGCAUGCCCGAGGAGUUGAGUAAAGGGCAGGGUGUUAGGUUCAGUGACCCGUACUGGGGUGGGAGGCAGGGGCGCUGGGGGCGAGGGGGAUGGGUGGGGUGGUUUGGCAAGGGCCAGUCUGGUGGGCGUCCACCAGAUGAGGCGGAGCGGUUUGUCGAGGUGUUGAAAGCGAGGUGCGAACUUUGGGAGAUGGAAGGGGAACGAGAUUGGCGAAGGGAGGAGACUGAGGAAAAUGCUGAAGCUGACGCUGCGGCGUUCGAUGGCGAGACGGGUCCUGCUGACAACACUGGUGAGCCAGGCGUCACGCUGUCCACGUCGCCCUCGUCCUCGCCACCAGUCGAGCCAGCAUCUUCCGAUGUCCCGCCUCACUACCACUUAACAGGCCCUAGCCUCCCUUCCUCCAGCCUCACCCACGACAUCACCACACUGAACCCUACGCAGCACUGGUCGCCACUCAACCUCACCAUCUACGGCCGCACGCUGACCCUCCCCCAAACCUACCAUGCCUCCGCCACCACGCUUCACCCUGCUGCCAACGCCAAAAGCGAAGGCGGUGUCCUCAACGCCACCUUCGCCAACCUCUGCACGCGCCACCUCGGCCCCGCCGACUACGUCUCGCUCUGCGCCCGCUUCCACAGCAUAAUCCUGACCUCGAUCCCCGUCCUCACGGCCACGACCAAGAACGAAGCGCGCCGCCUCAUCUGGCUCAUCGACGCCAUGUACGAGGCGGGCGUACGCCUAGUCGUCUCCGCCGAGGCACCCGUCGACCGGCUCUUCUUCCCGGAGGUGAGGCGCCGCAGUGGCGGCAGCAGCCAAGGAGGCGAGGACGGGCGGAUAACUGGUCCCGCGGUGGCCGUGGGGCAUAGUGACAGUAUUGAGAGUGAGGCGAUGAGCGAGAUGUACCAGGACAGCACGGCGCCGUUCCGGCCUAAUGUGGCGAGUUACGAUGGGGCGGGAGGCGGGGCGCGGAAUGAGUGGCGGAGUGCGGAUCCGACGUUUGUCCCUGGGGGCAGAGAGGCGAGGAAUAUGCUCGCGGAUGAGGAUGCGGAUUUUGGGCCAACGUAUGGGAAUGGGAGGGGACAUGGGCCGAGUGCGAGUCAGGAGGGGAUGAGGGAGGUGUUGAGGCGGCAGGGGAUGGAUGGUGGUGGUGGCGGUGGCGGUGGGUUGAGUGUUGGUAUGGCGCCGGAUUUCACGGAUACGAGGGUGCUGGUCGGUGAGGACGAGAAGUUCGCGUACCGUCGCGCCAGGAGUCGGCUGUGGGAGAUGUGUGGGCGGCGGUGGUGGAGGGUUCGAGAGGGAAGGCCGGUGGCCGAGUGGUGGCGGCCUGAGGGUGGGGCAGGGAGGUUUUGGGAAGGCAUCAAGGACGAGGAUGUUGAGAAGGUGGUGAACGAGGUGGAGAAGGGAAUGGAGGGUACGCAUGAUGGUGGUAGGAGGAGGGUCGACGCUAUGAGGGAUGCGGAAGGUGAUUUGUUCAAGCAUGGCGCGAGCCCAUAUCGAACAAGCGAAGAGGCGCCGCCCAAGUUUGGCUGGCAACAUGCCUGGGGUAUGAUGCGAUGGGGGAAAAAGGCGGGCGAUUGGGGCAAGGGUGUAGAAGGGACCAGGGGAAAAGGCGCAAACGAAUAG